AUGUCUCAGUUUAAAGACAACCAAAGUUGUGUCUAUUCGUCAACGCAGAAUAGUGAAAUGACGCAGAAGAUAAGUAAGAUUGAUGUUGAUGUUAAUGAAGUUAAACAACAGUCGGUGAAUAGUCCUGGUGGAGAUGAUCCGUCAGUGAAGAGUUCUGGGGGAGAUGAUAUGUCAGUGAAGAGUUCUGGGGGAGAUGAUAUGUCAGUGAAAAGUACUGAUGUAGAUGAUCCGUCAGUAAAAAGUACUGAUGUAGAUGACAAGUCAAAAAAGAAGCAAGAAGAAAUUCGUCAAAAAGAAGCUGAAAAGAUUGCCAAAAAAAGAAAGCUAGAAGAAGAAAAGGAAACAAAGAAGAGGAAACAAGAAGAGGAGAGGGAGGAGAAAGAAGCUAAAAAGCGGAAACUAGAGGAAGAGAGGGAAUUGAAACGAAAAAGAUUAGAAGAAGAGAAGCGACAAAGGGAAAAGAAGAAACAAGAGGAAAAACUACAAAGAGAAAAGAAGAAGGAGCUUGAGAGACUAGAGAGAGAGAAGAAGAAACAAAUUGAGCAAGAAGAAAGGGAAAGAAAGAAGCAAAUUGAACAAGAAGAAAGGGAAAGAAAGAAGCAAGCUGAACAAUUAGAGAGAGAAAGAAAGAAGCAAGCUGAACAAAUGGAAAAAGAGAGGAAACGAGAAGAAAGAGAAAAAGAGAGGCUUGAAAGGAAACAGAAAAUUGAAGAUGAUAAAAGGGCAAAGGAACGUGAAAAGGAGCGAUUGGAGGAAGAGAAACGAAAAGCAGAGGAAGCAAAAGAGCGCUGUCAGUUGAAAAUUUCAAAUUUCUUCCAUGUAGGUCUGCUGAAAAAGGCAAUGGAUACCACUGCAACUCAAAUGAAAACUGAAACUAUUGCCAAGACUGAUUAUGAAUCUGUAUUUCUACCGUUUUUUGUUCAGAAAAAUGUUAUAUUGAAAGAUACAGUUUUGGCGACACCGCAAUCGAUUCAAACACUUGAUCAGAUACUACUGAGUUCUUCUUCUAUUGACCAAGUUGAUUUUGGUUCCUUUUUGAAAGACAAGUACACUUUGCUGCUGUCAGUUGAAGAAGCCCCCAUAGUUGUUACUCCCGAGUCAAUAUUAACGGCACUCAAUAUGCUGACAACCACAGAAGUGCAGAUUUACAAAAUGAUAGACGAGCUUCCUAGUAUUAAGUACAUUAGAUUUUACGAAAACUCAAAGCCUCCCUAUGUGGGAACAUGGAACUCUACCAAGCACCAGAGUCAACUUAAGAAUAUACUAAGAAAUCCCUUGGACGUGUCCACUACAGCAUUCAACUAUGAUUAUGACUCAGAUUUAGAGUGGAAUGAAGAAGACAAGGAAGGAGACGAUAUCGACGAUGAAGACGAGGACGAUGAUGAAGCUUUAUUACCGGACGAAGAUGAUGAGGAAUUCAUUGAAAAUGACGCACAGGUGAGUAGUAGAAACUUGAAGCAGUUGAUUGUUAUCAACAAAUGGAAUGAUGAAAACAGCAAGGAGUUUUUUAAUGGGUAUUCUACAGUCAAUUUGGUCAGCGCGGAGAAAUUGAAAUGUAUCUAG